UUGUUAGGGCUAUAUAUAUUUUGCUUUUGUUUCAUAUGGUAUGGUGUAAAUUUUAAUCUGCUUUGUUCAGAGUAGGGUUGAUUUAAUUGAGUGCCAAUGAGAUCAUUAUACAAUUGGAACAGACCUCUAAGCUUAGCAAUUGAAAACCUCCACACCGUACAUCAAUGGCGUCCCAAUCCCCUCCGGCCGCCGAUUCGAUUCAUGACAAUGACAAUGAGCCCCCUUCUUCCUCCGCUCAGUCUCAGUGUACCACCAUGAAGGACCUGCUCGCAGACUUUUUCUCCGACUCGGAUGAUGAAACAAGCGCUAGAUCCCCAACAUCCUCCCCUCCGGCGUCGCUCGGUCACGGUGAAACGCUCGUCACAAUCUCCGGCGCAAUCCUUCACCUGAUUGACAAAAGCUGCUCCGUCGAGCUCGCAACCGGAGAUCUCCGGGUCGUCCGCCUCCGACAGGGCGGCAACACCGUCGCGACACUCGCGUCGGUCGCCGACGAUGUUCACUGGCCGUUAGGCAAAGACAUCACAGCCGUUAAACUCGAUUCUUCGCAUUACUUCUUCUCCUUCCAGGCGCCUCGAGAUCCGGAGGACGACGACGAAGAGAACGACUCGAAAAAAAACAAGGAAAAGGAAAAGGGGAAAAACAGCAAACACGACAAAAUCGAAACCGAAGUGUUGAGCUACGGAUUAACGAUCGCAUCCAAAGGUCAGGAGAAGUUAAUCAAGGAGUUGGAUCACAUACUGGAAGAGUGCAGCCAUUUCUCGGUGCAGAAGGUAGACGAAAAGGCCGCCGUUGCAAUGGGCGGCGCCGCUGGAAUCAGCGCCGGCGAAUUGGACGAGAAUAAGGAGGAAGUCGAAGGACAGUGCGCGGCGUACUGGACGACGCUAGCGCCAAACGUAGAGGACUACAGCAGUAUAGCAGCAAAGCUAAUCGCCGUCGGCUCAGGGCAAUUGGUUAGGGGAAUAUUGUGGUGUGGAGACGUCACAAUCGAACGCCUGAAUUGGGGAAACGAGGUUUUGAAGCAGAGAAUGGGUCCAGGAACCAACAGAGAGCUCGAUCCAAAAACCUUGAAGAGGAUCAAGAGGGUUAAGAAGGUGACAAAGAUAACCGAAAAAGUGGCGACCGGGGUGCUGUCGGGCGUGGUGAAGGUGUCCGGAUUCUUCACCAGUUCAGUUUCGAAUUCGACAAUGGGGAAGAAGUUCUUCAAUCUCUUGCCAGGGGAAGUUGUUCUUGCUUCAUUGGAUGGAUUCAGCAAACUUUGCGAUGCUGUUGAAGUAGCCGGAAAGAAAGUGAUGACAACGUCUUCAACCGUGACAACAGACCUGGUGACCCACAGGUAUGGGGAAGACACAGCAAAGGCGGCUUCGGAAGGAUUGGAAGCUGCCGGGCAUGCUGUAGGGACUGCGUGGGCAGUGUUUCAAAUUCGGAGGGGAUUUAAUCCUCGGAAUGCGAUCACUCCGGCGAACUUGUCGAGAAAUGCUGCUGAGGCUGCAGCUGAAAUCAGGAAAAAAAAAGCCCACAAGUAAGAAACUAACUCAUUCCAUACUACAUUCAUCUUCUUUUUUUUUGAUUAGUUUUUGGAUUCCAUUCCAGGCUUGAAUUUGUUCUCAAUGUGUUUGUGUGUGUAUAUAUAAUGUUGAUGUUGU